UGUGCGUGUGCGCGCACCUCCCCCCGCUCUAGAUGUUCUCCCCAAGACCAAGCUGUGGCCAUCUGCUUGCAGAAGCUCACGGCUGGAGAGCAGACCGGUAGGCUAGAGGAAAGGGCACGAGUGAGGAUCAACUAGGCUUCAAAAUGAAAGUGAGGAAGAAGAGUCGCUAAAAGUAUUAAUUUGAACAAUAAUUAUUUCUGGUUGCUGCCCUUAUGAAAAAUAUGAAAAUAGCAGAUGUAUCUGGUCCAGGCUUUGAGUAAUCUGAAGUUCUUCUUGCUUUCCAUAGAAGAACAAAAAGAGAGAGAAUUAGAAUUGCAUCUGAGUUAUUUCAGUGGCUGCUGGUGUUGUAGUGGAAUUACUUGUUUAUCGCAAAGCCUAAGAUGCAGUUGUGUUUAUUUCCUACUGUUACAGCAAAGGCAGAUACUUACGAUUCCAUUAAAUCUUCUGGGAGAAAUAUCCAGAAUAUAAACCAAGACUGAUACAAUAUUAAUGCUUUCUAUGUACAACCACAUAAAGAUCUCCUCUAAGGAGCUGCUGUAGGACAAACACUGCGAAUAAUUUUUCUCCAGUACAAUGUGGUGAAGCAGAGCAAUUGAAAUUGUCCACUUUUGUACAGGCUAAGGACUUAAAAUGCUUGUUAUUUUGUGAGAAGAAGCAGUUUUUGAGUGAAUCGAACACCUGAAAAUGCGGCCAUGGACUGGUUCUUGGCGUUGGAUUAUGCUCAUCCUCUUUGCUUGGGGAACUUUACUCUUUUAUAUUGGUGGACAUCUGGUACGAGACAGUGAGCACCCAGAUCACUCUAGUCGUGAAUUAUCCAAGAUACUUGCUAAACUUGAACGUUUAAAGCAGCAAAAUGAAGACUUAAGACGGAUGGCAGAAUCUCUCAGGAUACCAGAUGGUCCUAUUGAUCAGGGACCAGCUGCAGGAAAGGUACAUGCUUUAGAAGAGCAACUUUUAAAGGCCAAAGAACAGAUAGAAAACUAUAAGAAGCGGACAGGAGAUGGAGGCCUGGGAAAAGACCAUGAAAUACUGAGGAGGAGGAUUGAAAAUGGGGCUAAGGAGCUUUGGUUUUUCCUGCAAAGUGAAUUAAAGAAGUUGAAAAAUCUAGAAGGAAGUGAACUGCAAAGACGUGUUGAUGAAUUUCUGUCUGAUUUGGGUCAUCAGGAAAGGUCAAUAAUGACCGACUUGUACUACCUCAGUCAAACAGAUGGAGCAGGAGAUUGGCGAGAAAAAGAGGCCAAAGAUCUAACAGAUCUGGUGCAGAGGAGAAUAACUUACCUUCAGAACCCCAAGGACUGCAGCAAAGCUAAGAAACUUGUGUGUAAUAUCAACAAAGGCUGUGGCUAUGGUUGUCAACUUCAUCAUGUAGUCUACUGCUUUAUGAUCGCUUACGGCACUCAGCGAACACUCAUUUUGGAGUCUCAGAAUUGGCGCUAUGCUACUGGCGGCUGGGAAACUGUUUUUAGGCCUGUAAGUGAGACAUGUACUGACAGAUCAGGUACGACCACUGGACACUGGUCAGGUGAGGCUAAUGAUAAAGAUGUCCAGGUGGUGGAACUUCCCAUUGUUGACAGUUUACACCCACGGCCCCCUUACUUACCGUUGGCUAUCCCCGAAGACCUGGCUGAUCGGCUAAUUCGUGUCCACGGGGAUCCUGCAGUGUGGUGGGUCUCCCAGUUUGUCAAAUACUUGAUUCGUCCACAGCCAUGGUUAGAAAAAGAAAUAGAGGAAGCCACGAGAAAACUUGGUUUUAAACAUCCAGUGAUUGGUGUUCACGUCCGAAGGACAGACAAAGUAGGAACAGAAGCAGCAUUUCAUCCCAUUGAAGAAUAUAUGGUACACGUUGAAGAACGAUUUGAACUUCUUGCCCGCAGAAUGCAUGUUGACAAAAAAAGAGUGUAUUUGGCUACAGAUGACCCUUCACUGUUGCAAGAGGCAAAAUCCAAGUAUCCAAAUUAUGAAUUUAUCAGUGAUAACUCCAUAUCUUGGUCAGCAGGACUUCAUAAUCGAUAUACUGAAAACUCCCUAAGAGGUGUUAUUCUGGAUAUCCAUUUUUUGUCUCAAGCAGACUUCCUGGUCUGUACAUUUUCUUCACAGGUGUGUCGAGUUGCCUAUGAAAUUAUGCAGACAUUGCAUCCAGAUGCCUCGGCGUAUUUCCAUUCUUUGGAUGAUAUCUACUAUUUUGGGGGACAGAACGCCCACAACCAGAUUGCUAUUUAUGCUCACCAUCCACGAACUGCUGAUGAAAUUCCUAUGGAACCUGGAGAUGUAAUUGGAGUAGCUGGAAACCACUGGGAUGGUUAUUCAAAAGGCAUCAAUAGGAAAUUAGGAAGAACAGGCCUGUACCCGUCCUAUAAAGUUAAGGAGAAAAUUGAGACAGUCAAAUACCCUACAUACCCAGAGGCUGACAAGUAGAACAAAAAGAGGAGACUCACAAUUCCAAUUGGUUCAAUCCAGUCAACCUACUAACGAAUGGUUUAUUUGGGAUUUGAAUUUACAUUUUAACAUGUAGUUAAAAUGAAGGUGUUUAGUACUGAAGCUGGAUAAGAACCUGCGAACAAAUGGAUGGGCUAUUAUUUGAACUUGCUCUUAAACAUUUUUUUGUUAUAUGCACUCUCACACAUGCACACACAAAACCACAUACAACAGGAAAACUGUUGUUUUAUACUAUUUGUCUCUUUUCAAGAUUUGUCCCAAUCAUUAGUCUUACAUGAGCUUUGGGCUCUUUUCUCUGCCAUUAAUUGACAAUAAUUCUCAGACUUAAGACACUGCCGCAUUGUGUAAUAUGAGUGACAUGAGCAUAUUUUGUAUGUGCAAAAUUUAAAACAUGGUGCCUAUAUUUGAAAGAUUUGUGACCUUUUUAGGAGAGCCAUGCCUGUUUCACUAAUGGGCAAGAGUUUAACAGGCGUUACCAUGACCACUGAACUUGCUUCAAACAACAGAUUCAAGUUUCAGACUAGAUUUCUUUCUUUAAAAGUUUAUUUUUAGCAUUCCAUUGAUUACUACACAUCAUCAUUAAUAAAAUAAAGGAUACAUCCAACAA